AUGGCGUUCGAUCUAUGCAGAGGGUACCUUCCUCCUCCUCCUCCCCUGAAUCUGCUCAGCAAAUUGGGAGACGAUCCCCUCGUCGUGAUUCUGAUACGCCUCCCAAACCCUAGAUCAUCUUGCCUCUCCAAAACCGUCUGCAAGUCGUGGAGAACCCUCAUCUCCGAUCCCAGCUUCGAUCGCCGCUUUAUUUCCCAUCACCAAACCAGAUCUCUCAAGCAUAUGAUUGUAUCUCAUGCAUUGUGGUAUGCAAUGGGGCAGGGAGGUGCCACUCUCGCGGUCUCGCAAGGUGCUCUGCACAUAGUUGUAUUCGAAGUUGAAGAGAAGCUAGAAAUUGUCUUCCUUAAAUUUACGGAUCCUCUUGAUGGUCGUAUCUACUCCUGCAAUUUGAGGUCGAGGAUGGGAGAGCUAUAG